CGCUGUCUGGUCUGCACUGCCCUCUGGUGAAGGCUCACGCGCGCGCUUCGUCGACCCGGAAGUUAUUCCACUAGAUGCACAACGUGUUUGUGGCGAGGUAGCUUGCGUUAACAUCAUGGGUAAGUCCAAACAGGUCGGAAAGCACAGUAAAGGCAAGAAGAAGAACAUUUCCAAGACAUGGAAGACUAAGCGCAGGACGAAGGACCUUGACCAGAUCCACGCAGAUAUGAUCCCUGCAAAUGCUGUCAAGUUAUUAAAGCAAGAAGUAGAUUAUGAUGUUACUGGUUGUGCUCAGAAUUACUGUCUGCACUGCGCGAGAUAUUUUGUUGAUUUAAAAACCCUGAAGGAGCAUUUCAGGUCCAAACUUCAUAAAAAACGGUUGAAGAAGCUGAGGGAAGAGCCAUAUACACAGGCUGAGGCAGAGCGGGCAGCAGGAAUGGGCUCCUACAUCCCACCAAAAACCGUAGAGGUUCACACACAGCAGAUCGAGGAAGAUAUGGACUGAAAGAUGACUUUGAUCUGCCUCUCUGUGGACUCUGCUCUUCUGAACUCAGAGCAACAAUUUAACAUGUUUCAGAGCUAAAAUUAAUUUAUGGAGAUGAAAAGUAAGUUGAAAAAUAUGAAAUUAAUUGAUAGAAUUUUGAUGAAUGUUCACUGACAGACUUGUUUGAUUUUGGAAAAGUCUUUGAACAGCUGGCUUCAGUUUCAUACUUACGAAGUUAAAUUGGUAAAGUUUGCUUACGAUAAGCAACCUUCUGGGUUACUGAAAGCCUCACAAUGUUCAUUAUGUAUGUGAAGUACUACAGCGCAUCUCAUCCUUGUGGACUGCACCAGAUUUAAAAAAGUUGUUACUGCACUCUUCCAGCAAGAAAUUUGCAAGUUCUCAAACAUGUCGCAUGAACAUGUGGUUACACAUGGUUUGACGAGAUAAGCUGUCCUUCCUGUAGUAGUGCUGUAGACCACUUACAUUAUGGACAUUGCAGUUUAUUGCCGAGAUGUGGCUCUGACCACAGAUCCAGUCCUCAUGCCUUCCUGCUACAAGACUAUGGCAUGUUUAUACAGAUGAUCAGGGUCCCUGGGCAUCUUCUGGUGUUUUCUGAAUCAUUAGAUAGGUCUCUUUAAAACAAAUGUAUUGCAACUGUCGCGUUAAUCACUUGUUAACUUGUCCAGAGAAGCAUGUGCAAUACUUGUAUAUGGUUCAAUGAACAAGUAUAAAGAGUGUUGUUUAAACCCAUUCUGGUCUGUAAAUCUUAAAUACUAUCUUUACAAUACAAUAUCCUGAUUUAA